GCUGGAGAAGCUGCUGCUCAUACCCUGCUCAGCCCUGCCUGGAGCCUUGCUGUGGAGAUGAUACAAUUAAAGGAGUGGGAAAUGGAGCCACUGGUAUUGGAGAAAGGAGUAGAGGGAAGAAAUUAUCAGCAAAUAGGAUUGUCUUUUAUCCAGUGGUCUGAAGACUGAUGCUGUUUGGUCCACAGGAAGUAUUCAACAUUAGGUGACAUGUCUUCCACCAAACCUCCAAAGGAAAAUGAAACAUCCAAAGAGAGAAAACCAGGACUGAGGAGUGUUCAGACAACUUUGCUUUUCCGAGCUGUGAAUCCAGAGCUUUUCAUUAAACCUAACAAACCUGUGAUGGCAUUUGGACUGAUAGCAAUUAGCCUCUGUGUGGCCUACCUUGGUUAUUUGCAUGCAACAGCAGAGAAUAAGAAGGACCUCUACGAAGCAAUCGACAGUGAGGGGUCCAGGUACAUGAGGAGGAAAACUUCCAAGUGGGACUGAGAAUGUAAGAAAGGAAAUCAGUAAAUCACUCACAGAACUUUUCAAGGCAACUGCUGGUUUUUUUCUUUCCCUUGAAAUAAUGGACAAGUGUCUCUCUUGCUGUUUAAUCCGAUUUAGGUUCUUUUAUAAAAUGCUGUGCCUGUACAAAUAAACUGCAGUAAAGAUACAUGUGAAAAUAAAA